CUCUUGUCCCCACCUUCAGCGUCACGCACCUCGGCGGGCCGCGCAUGGCGAGUUGGCGACACGGCUCGUUCACCGCCCCCCUCCCGUGAUCUAGCCACCCGGACCGGAUCCGCCACCCGUUCCGCACGCACCCCCCACGACCAGGAGGACCACGAGCCGCGGCGACGCAUCUCAUCGGCGGCGGAAUAGUUCGCUGUCGGACACCGCCUCCACCGGAAUCUAGGGUUUGCCGCACCCCGACGUCGCCCCCGAUGGGACCGGCCGCGCGGCCGCCGGACGCCGGCGGCGGCGGGGACCCGGAGGCGUGGUACGGCAGCAUCCAGUACCUCAUCAACAUCUCCGCCGUGGGGGCCACCUCCUGCGUCCUGCUGUUCCUCCUCGUCAAGCUCCGCUUCGACCACCGCCGCAUCCCGGGGCCCUCCGCGCUCGCCGCCAAGCUCCUCGCCGUCUACCACGCCACCGCGCCGCAGAUCGCGCUCCACUGCGGCGCCGACGCCGCCCAGUUCCUCCUCUUCGAGCGCGCCUCCUUCCUCAUCCUCGCCGCCGUCGCCGCCGCGGCCGUCGCGGCGGCCCUACCGCUCAAUCUCCUCGCGGGGGACGCCGCCAUCAUCGACCAGUUCGCCGCCACGACCAUCUCGCACAUCCCCAAGUCGUCACCGCUCCUCUGGCUCCACCUCCUCCUCACCGCCGCUGUCGUCGCCAUCGCCCACCUCGGCAUCUCCCGCAUGGAGGACGCGCUCCGCAUCACACGCUUCCGCGACGGCAACGGCAACCCCAGCGACCCCAAUUCCAGCUCCGUGGCCGUCUUCACCAUAAUGAUCCAGGGCACUCCCAAGACGCUGGCUGCAGACAAGACCCCGCUCAAGGACUACUUCGAGCACAAAUACCCUGGCAAGGUCUACCGUGUUAUCGUGCCAUUUGAUCUCUGCACGUUGGAGUAUCUCGUCCAGGAAUUGGGGAAGGUCCGCAACAAGAUCUCAUGGCUAGAGGCAAGGUUGGGCGCCCGUGACCUGUUUGAUGACUUUUCACACGACGAAGCAGCUCAAUCAGAGGAGCAUCGGUUUGUGAGAAAGUGCAAAGAGGUGUGGGCGAUGGCAGUGAAGGGGUUAGGUUUUACUGAAGAGCAUUGGCUGAGGAAGUUGCAGACUAAGAAACUUGUGCUUGGAAGCAAGCUAUCAGAUUAUAAAGAAGGGUGUGCGCCAGGCGCGGGCGUAGCUUUUGUGGUUUUUAAGGAUGUAUACACCGCAAACAAGGCUGUAAGGGAUUUCAAGAUGGAGAGGAAGAAGACCCCGAUCGGCAGGUUUUUCCCGGUGAUAGAGCUCCAGCUUGAGAGAAGUCGAUGGAAGGUGGAGAGAGCACCACCGGCAUCAGAUAUUUACUGGAAUCAUCUAGGUCUUAGCAAGACAUCUUCGAGGUUGAGGAGGGUUGCGGUUAACACCUGCCUUCUUUUAAUGCUAUUGUUCUUCAGUUCACCCUUGGCAGUCAUCAGCGGGAUGCAAAGCGCGGCACGGAUCAUCAAUGUGGAAGCUAUGGAUCAUGCCAAAUCAUGGCUUGCCUGGCUUGAAGGCUCAAGCUGGUUCUGGACCAUAAUCUUUCAGUUUCUUCCCAAUGUUCUCAUCUUUGUGAGCAUGUAUAUCAUCAUCCCAUCUGUGUUGUCGUAUUUUUCCAAGUUUGAGUGCCAUCUGACGGUGUCAGGGGAGCAGAGGGCUGCAUUGCUUAAGAUGGUUUGCUUCUUCCUGGUCAAUCUUAUCCUGUUGCGUGCACUGGUGGAAUCAUCACUUGAAAGUUGGAUACUCAGCAUGGGGCGUUGUUACUUGGAUCGUCCAGAUUGCAAGCAGAUCGAACGCUACUUAAGCCCAUCCUUUUUAUCAAGAUCAUCACUUUCUUCCCUGGCGUUCUUGAUCACAUGUACUUUUCUGGGAAUAUCAUUUGAUCUGUUGGCACCAAUUCCUUGGAUAAAACAUAUAAUGAAGAAAUUUAGAAAGAAUGACAUGGUCCAGUUGGUUCCUGAAGAAAAUGAGGACUACCCAACGAUGCAAAAUGGUGAAGAAACUAAUAAUUUGACAGCUCCUCUAAUGCCCGAGAGAGAAGAUAGUGGCCUUCUGGAUAAUAUUGAAGGGCAUGAUCUUUCCCUGUACCCACUAAACAGGAGCUUCCACAUGCCAAAGCAGAAAUUUGACUUUGCGCAGUACUAUGCUUUUGACAUUACAAUAUUUGCACUCACAAUGAUCUACUCCCUGUUUGCUCCGCUCGUGGUUCCUGUGGGUGCAGCAUACUUUGGCUACCGAUAUCUUGUGGACAAGUACAAUUUCUUGUUUGUGUACAGAGUUAGAGGAUUUCCUGCAGGCAAUGAUGGGAAGCUGAUGGACAGAGUGCUGUGCAUCAUGCAAUUCUGUGUGAUCUUCUUCCUUUCAGCAAUGCUGCUAUUCUUUGCUGUUCAGGGCGAUUCCAUGAAGCUGCAGGCUAUAUGUACUCUUGGGAUGUUAGUGUUUUAUAAGCUGCUGCCUUCUAGAAGUGAUCGCUUCCAGCCAUCUUUGUUAGAAGGGAUGCAGACAGUUAAUAGCUUUGUAGAUGGUCCUACAGAUUAUGAAGUCUUUUCACAACCUGACCUGGACUGGGAUCUGUAUCAAUCCUGAAGAAAAAACUCAAGAUCAAUACAGACUUUUUUUUUCUCAUUACAAUGUCAUCUUUUUAUCACUUGAUGAGAUCCCUGGUCUACCACGCACUCACUCAUUCUUACUGUACAGCUAUGUAGAUUAACUGCCCUUUUAGAUGUCUUCGUUUUGUCAGAGGUGACAGGCACAUGCAAUUUUGAUCAUGAACCUGGUCUGUCUAAACAUACUUCAAAUUAUUCUGCAUGAUGCGGUCAUCUUCA